CCAUACGGUGAAAUUAGAACGCACUAGUUGUGUUGCUGAGAAAUGUUCGUGCUCGGCUUCCGUACACAUGUGAUCUGAGAGUAAAUAGGGACUUGGUGUAAUCUGCCUGCACAGUUUUAUCUACAGUAGAACAGGCAUCGUAAUACGAGCUACUCCCCGUCUCUAUCACUCAGCUACACAGUGCACGAUGCGGCCAGUGUGCCGGACUCGGUGAUUGCUGGUCAGCUCUGUUUAUCCCAUUAUACAAUACAGAACCAAUACAUAACACCAGUAAACAGACAUGGCUGACUACUGGAAAUCACAGCCAAAGAAGUUUUGUACUUACUGCAAGUGUUGGAUUGCAGACAACAAGCCUAGUGUUGAGUUUCAUGAAAGGGGUAAAAAUCACAAAGAAAAUGUCACGAAAAAAAUCAGCGAGAUUAAGCAAAGAAGUAUGGACAAGGCAAAACAAGAUGCUAAAAUGUCGAAAGAAUUUGCAGCCAUGGAAGAAGCUGCUCUAAAGGCCUAUGAGGAAGACCUUAAAAGGCUGGAAGGUACUGCACCAGCUCCUGCACCUCACAGUGUUCAGCACAAUAAGUCACGCGAUGAGGAAAAGUGGAAAGAAAUUGAAGCGCUAGAAAAACAUCAUGCAAAAAGACAGUGGACAAAAGGCGUUUCUCCAGAGGGAUACCCCUAUUACUAUAAUCUCUUAACAGGAGAAUCUCGGUGGGAAGAACCUGAAGGAUUUCAAGAAAAAAGUAAUACUUCCAAAAAUACCACAACCAGUUCUACUUGGGUAGAAGGAGUCUCUGAAGAAGGUUACACAUAUUACUAUAACGCUGAAACGGGAGAAUCCAGAUGGGAAAAGCCAGAAGAAAUGCACCCUGUGGUACCAAGCAAAGAUACUUCAGAAGAAGGUGAAGCCACCAAAGAGGACACAGAAGCAGAAGUGGUGGAAACUGAUUCUAUUCCAGAAACCCCAGCAGAAGAUGCACCUAAUACACAAAAACCUAAAAUAAAUUUUAGGAGCAAAAAGGAAACGGAAUCAGACAUUGUUGGAGAAUCAGAAUCUGGGCUUGAACAAAAAGAAUCAGAAUCUGGGCUUGAACAAAAAGAAUCAGAAUCUGGGCUUGAACAAAAAGAAUCAGAAUCUGGGCUUGAACAAAAAGAAUCAAAAUCUGAACCAGAAGAAUCUGAUUCAGGAUCUGAAAAAAAGCUUUCAGGAGCGGAAUCUGACCAUAGAGCUGUUGUUGAUAAAGCUGUAGAAGAGAAACAACCCACCCCAAAAAGGCCAAAGCCAAGUAAACCAAAUCCUUAUGGGGUUUGGGAAGAAGUAAAAGAUGAAGAGGAUCCCUAUGAGAGCGUGGAUUUAGAGCUUCCAAGUGUGGAGUAUGACCUUCCUCCUGUCUCUGUACCUGAUAUCCCGCACGAACCAAAUGUGAAGUUUAAGGAAAAAACGAUCACCUCCCUCGGAGACACAGUAGAAGGGACUUCUGUUUUCAAGAAAAGGAAGCUUGAGAAUGGCAAGUCCAGAAGUAUACGCCAGAGAGUAAACGAUCAGUAAAGGACUUGGGCUGUUUAUGGCCAUUCCAUCAAAUUAUUUUUAAACCUUAUCUCUGACAAGGUUUUUUUCGUUUGUUUUUUUUUUGUGGUUUUUUUUCCUCUUUUUGUGUGUGUUU